AUGUCCUGGUCCGGCCUUCUCCGUGGCCUCAGCACGUCCCUAAAUCAUGGCCUAGCCCUGGCCCCACGGUCUUGGGCCCCGCGUCCCAUGGCCACCCUGAACCAGUUGCACCGCCGGGGGCCUCCGAAGCAUCCGCCUGCGAAAGUGGGCCCCACCGAGGGCCGGCCACAGCUGAAGGGCGUGGUCCUGCGCACAUUCAUCCGCAAGCCCAAGAAGCCCAACUCGGCCAACCGCAAAUGCUGCCGCGUGCGGCUCAGCACCGGUCGGGAGGCCGUCUGCUUCAUCCCCGGAGAGGGCCACAACCUGCAGGAGCACCAUGUCGUGCUCGUGCAGGGCGGCCGCACGCAGGACCUGCCUGGCGUCAAGCUCACCAUCGUGCGGGGCAAGUACGACUGUGGCCACGUGCAGAAGAAGAAGUGA